CCGCCGCCGCCGCUCUCCGCGAUGGAUCCGGGGCCCGAGGCGGGGCCGGAGCCGGGGCCGGGGCCCUGGCUCGACAUGGCGCCGGAGCUGACCCACGACGAGGAGCUGGCCACCAAGCAGUUUCUGGAGGAGAUUAACAAGUGGACAGUUCAGUACAAUGUGUCUCCGCUCUCUUGGAACCUGGCUGUCAGGUUUCUCAUGGCCAGAAAGUUUGAUGUCCUCCGGGCUAUUGAAUUGUUCCACGCCUACAGGGAAAUGAGGCGAAAAGAAGGAAUCGUCAAGCUGAGACCUCAUGAGGACCCUCUCCGUUCAGAAAUCCUCAGUGGGAAAUUCACUAUCCUAAAUACUCGGGAUCCCUCAGGAGCCUCCAUCGCCCUCUUCACUGCUAAGUUACAUCAUCCUCACAAGUCCUCCCAACAUGUGGUGCUCCAGGCUCUCUUUUACUUGUUGGACAGAGCGAUGGACAGUUUUGAAACUCAAAGGAAUGGACUAGUGUUUAUCUACGACAUGGGGGGUUCCAAUUAUAACAACUUCGAGCUAGACCUUGGCAAGAAAGUCCUAAACCUCCUGAAGGGAGCCUUCCCGGCUCGGCUGAAGAAGGUGUUGAUUGUCGGGGCGCCCAUGUGGUUCCGAGUGCCCUAUUCCAUCAUCAGCAUCCUGCUGAAGGACAAAGUCCGCGAGAGGAUUCAGAUAAUGAGGACGAGUGAGCUGACCCAGCAUCUGCCCCGGGAGUGCCUUCCUGAAAGCCUGGGAGGCUAUAUCAAGUUGGACCUCUCCAGCUGGAACUUCCAGUUCCUCCCCCAAGUGAACGGCCACCUGGACCCCCUUGAUGAAAUCAUCUUGCUGUCCCUCACCCCCUCCGGGGAUAGCGACUCGGUGCACGUCCCGGGCCCCCAAGCCAUGACCAUCGUGGAGCUGCUGGAACACUUCAACCAGCGGCAGAAGCGGGGCAUUUACGAAGAGUAUGAGGACAUUCGCCGAGAGAACCCCGUGGGCACCUUCCACUGCUCCAUGUCCCCGGGGAACUUGGAGAAAAACCGAUACGGCGACGUGCCGUGCCUGGACCAAACCCGCGUGAAGCUGACCAAGGGGAGCGGAAUCGCCCAGACAGACUACAUCAACGCCAGCUUCAUGGACGGCUAUAAGCAGAAGAAUGCUUACAUUGGCACACAAGGUCCUUUGGAGAACACCUACCAUGACUUUUGGCUCAUGGUGUGGGAGCAGAAAGUUCUGGUGAUUGUCAUGACCACCCGGUUUGAGGAAGGUGGCAGGAGAAAGUGUGGCCAGUACUGGCCCUUGGAGAAGGACUGUCGCAUCCGAUUUGGAUUUCUCACGGUGACCAAUCAAGGAGUGGAAAACAUGAACCAUUAUAAGAAAACGACGCUGGAGAUUCAUAACACAGAAGAACGACAAAAAAGACAGGUGAUCCACUUCCAGUUCCUGAGCUGGCCGGACUACGGGGUCCCUUCCUCGGCCGACAGCCUGAUCGACUUCCUCAGAGUAGUGAGAAAUCAGCAGAAGAUGGCGGUGAGGAGCUUGGGACCGCGCUUCAAGGGCCAUCCCAGAGGGCCUCCCAUCGUGGUCCACUGCAGCGCCGGCAUUGGCAGGACAGGCACCUUCUGUUCGCUGGACAUCUGCCUGGCGCAGCUGGAAGAGCUGGGCACGCUGAACGUGUUUCAGACGGUGUCCCGGAUGAGGACCCAGAGGGCCUUCAGCAUCCAGACCCCGGAGCAGUACUACUUCUGCUACAAGGCCAUCAUUGAGUAUGCCCUGAAGGAGGGCAUGGUGCCCCCUGGGUACCAGCUGCUGGGCAUCGAGCAGCAAUAGCUGGCACCUGGGCCUCUCCCCUGCUGGCAGGAGGGCAGCAGCCUUCCGCCAGCCUUCUCCCUCCCUCUGGGACACUGCCAAGCCCCUAGGUGGCCAUCGGUAAUGUCGAAAAGGUCCACCUCUGUCUCCUGGUACAUGGCAGCCUUUUCCUUUGGCUAGCUAGCUCUGAUGAGACAUCCACAAGUGGCUAGCAGCUCUGUGUUCUUCAUUUCUAGCACCUGCUAUUGAACUGUGCCUUAUUAAAACCAAAUUGUGGCUACCCUUUUUGGACAGGGGUCCUGAGAGGUAAGUGGGGAGGGGUCUUCUCUUCCCCUCUCCAGCCCCCCUCGCCUCUAAGCUCCUCGGCUGGACUUUGCCACAGUUGGAUGGGGAAGGAGGUGAGCGACCGCCUCCGGUUCCUCCCAAGAGUUUGACCAACCUCCAUAUGCUAGAGACCCUCCCCAGUGCCAAGGUGUAAGAAGCAAGGCGCGUGCUCCAGUCUUAGCUGCCCUUCGGUGUGCCUGUGUGUGGGUGCCGUGCGCGUGGCUGCGAUGUCCGUGGGUGUGUAAUAUAUACUGUGUGUGUUCAUAUGUACCUACUCUAUAAGUCCACAUGUACGCCUCUUUCUAGCAGUCCGUGGGGCUCCAUCACUCCCCCAGGGAACGGGGCAGGGGUCCGGCCGACCCCUCUCCUCCCGAGCGUGGACCCCCAGGCCCGGGGUGCAGGACAUGGUGAGCCCGGUGUAUUAUUCUCCCAACUUAACAUUUUUUUCUCUGUUUACCUUAUCAAUGGGGGAAACCCCUUACCUUGAAUAAGGAGCUGCAGAUCUCCACUGUGACAUUCGAACCCUCUGUCUCUCCCUAGUCCUCCUCGGGGUGAUGGGGAUAAACUCGCUGAGGAGCCAAGGCCAAAGGCAAUCGGUACGAAGUUUUCAAAGGUCUUACAGGGACCGUGGGCACAAGGCAGGAGGGGGAGCUCGGCCUGGGAAGAGCUUCUCUCUCUCGUUUGCUAUUCUGAAGCAUUCUCAUCUCUGCUGCCUCCUACCCUGCCCUCCCCUUUCCCCCUUGUUACCCGGAUGCUCUCUGCCAGCCGUAUUCUGGUUCUGUGCCAGGAAAGGCUGCCCCCCGAAACUGCUCCCCCCGACUGUUUGUCCCCCCGGCCUGCCCCGCCCUCUCCUGCCCCAGCCCAGCGGCUCACCCCUGUGCUGAGAGGAAGACCAUCAGUAAUACGAACUCCCCCUCCCAGAAGAUGAAGUCGGCGGCUGAGCGGCCCUCGGUCAUUUUAUACUGUAACAAGCUCUUUGAAUGUGUAUAUUCUUAUUUUUACAAUCUUUUCAUUUUGUAUUUAACGUUCAAGGAUUGAGUCAGAUUUGGAGAAUAAUGUAAAUGUUCAUACUCAGUACCUUAUGGCGAUACAAUUUUGUAUUUACGUAUAAAUAUACCUACAAACGAUCUGA